AAAAUAGACUUUACUUCCAUCCAAAAAUUUUCAAUAAUCAUUCACAUCAUGGAAAGGUCGUCUCCUUUUCUUCUUCUUGCAACCAUUUUUUCUGCACUUUAUUGCCAUGCUUCUUCCAUCGAACAUGGCGGGCUUCCACUACCAAUACACCCCAUUCGACCAAAAUCAGGCUCUGGUGGCAAACUUCUCGAAGGUAUUUCUUGUAAUAGUUGGCGUCUUGCUGUAGAAACUAACAAUCUCCGCAACUGGAAGACUGUUCCAGCUGAAUGUGGGGAUUAUGUUGGUCAUUACUUAUUAGGCCAAUACUAUCGUCAAGACUCGAGUUACGUCACCUUGGAGGCUGCAAAGUAUGGUGAGAGUAUUAACCGCACCGGCGAUGGUAAAGAUAUCUGGGUAUUUGACAUCGACGAAACCACGUUAUCUAAUGCACCUUACUACGCCGCACAUGGAUUUGGGGUUCAACCAUAUAACGAGACAUCUUUCAAUGCAUGGGUUGAUACCGGGAAAGCUCCAGCCUUGCCGGAAAGUCUGGUGUUAUACAACCGGUUACUAUCUUUAGGAUUCAAAGUUGUGUUCCUAACAGGAAGAGGAGAAAUGCGCAGAGAAGUUACUAGGAAAAAUCUUCGUGCAGCUGGAUAUAGAAACUGGGAGAAACUCCUUCUAAGGCAACCAUCAGAUGUACAUAAACCAGCUGUUGUGUUCAAAUCAGAACAAAGGGCAAAGCUCGUAAAACAAGGGUACAGAAUCCAGGGAAACAUCGGAGAUCAAUGGAGCGACAUUCUGGGAACUGAUAUCGGCAGCAGAACUUUCAAGUUGCCUGAUCCUGUUUACUAUGUCAGUUGAUCAUUCUCAUAAUUGUAUCGAGGCGCAAAAAUUGCCAUAUGGCUCAUAUAUCCAUGUGUACUAAGUCAAUUGUCUUAGCGGAAGUGUUGCCCACACUCAUUUCUUUCAAAUGCAAUAAUGGAUUGUCCAAAUCUGUUCAUAUAAGAAAUACUAGACACCCAUGCUAAAAUCCCGACAA